AAGACCAUAAAUAAAUGAUCUGCAAGUCCUGAUUCAUGCUGGAUGAAACAAUUGAAAAUCACAUAUGGUCAGAUUUCAUGGGCUGAGAACAGUAUGACUCAUUGAUCAUGGCCGAGGCAAAUCCAAGCAAAGGCCAAACCACAACUCUGUCGACAUCGACAUCAUCUUUUGAGGCUUUGGACCCGCAUGACCCACAUUUGAACCAUUUGGCCUCGUUGAUGUUCAGUAAAUCGUCCGAAUGGAUCCAAGGGGAGCUCGAAUCGACCACUGAGGAGUACAAAUUACUCGAACAAAUGAACAAUGUGACGGCCACCAAAUAUUCGGAUAUGAGACAAAUCACGUCGAAUAUAGCCAAAGGCAUGAGCGCUUUGAAUUUGAAAUACGCGGAGUUGGAGCCAUAUUUGAAGCAAAUUGACGAGAUUGACGAAUCCGUGACUCAACUAGAGACUGCUGCGUUUAAACUGGAUGCUUACUCCAAACGACUGGAGGCCAAGUUCAAGUCCCUAGAGCAACGUAACUAG